GUUGCAAAGUUGCCUUCUGCAGUUGGCAGGAGACACAGUAUUAAGAGGCUGAAAAUGAAGACUUUCAAAUGUGAUGAAUCAUCUCUCUCUGAUGCUACAGAAAGUCCUUCUCCCAAAUGUAUACUAAAACAGAUCAUCCAGACUGAGCCUGUGAGUGAGCCUUUGGUUAAGAAUAAACCUAAGCCAUUUGAAGAUCUAUUUUCCAAUGCAGAAAAAUCUAGGUUCAGGUUUAAAACUCCACACACUGAUAAUAUUGGCGACAAGAAAUUGAGAAAGUCUGAAGUUAACAUCCAGUCUCCAGCACUGGCUUCGAAAAGUAAAAUGAAGAAGCAGGUUGAAAAGAGUGCUGUGAAGUUGCCCUCUACACUUGCCAGGCCUAAAAUGAAGACUUUUAAUUCUGAAGAAUCAUCCCUGUCUGUUGCUACAGAAAAUCUUUCUUCCAGAUAUAUACUGAAACAGAUCAUUCAGACAGAGCCUGUGAGUGAGCCGUUGGUUAUAAAUAAACCAAGGAUGAGUAAACCACCGCCAUUAGCUGAUCCAUCUCUAUACAUCGAGAAAUCUGGGCUCAGUAUGUCUUUGAAAACACCAAAUGUGGAGGAACCUGUCCUGAAGAGAGGGAUACGACACAAGGUUGGAGGUCAUAAAACAAUAGAUAUGAAGGCUUUUGAAGAAGGAGUGUUCAUAAAUUUACAUCAAUGUGAAAUCCCAGAGGGGUGUCGGACUAAGAAUUUGCCAUCUACUUAUUCUGAAGAUGAAGAUGAAUUCAGGGCUGAGGAUUCUGCAAUGUCUCUGGUGAACAAUGGUAUCAAAACCAAAGAUGUAACUGUAUCUUCGAUCCGAGGGUCUUUUCAAAAUAGAAAAUCUUCAGAAAUCCCUGUUGCAGCAGCAGAGGCCACAAUUUCAAGAAGUGAGUCAGUGAUUAAUGAGGAGGAUGAAACUGGAAGUGAAGAGCUUUGUGCAAAAACACCUGCAUUUAUACGUGGAAGGAAAAGACCAUCGUCCCAUUCAUCCAGUCUGCCGCCUCUUUUCUUCAACAGAAACCUUAAAAGCAGUUCAAAGUCAUGUGUGAGGAAGCCCGCACAAUCUGAAAAUGAAAGAAAUAAAAGCAGAUGUAUUGAAAAACAAUUUGACCUUCCAAAAAAUGUGGUUUUGUCAACUUUCAGCCAUUUUGCCGGGACCAAGGUGUCCAAGGAUGCUUAUCCCAGUUUGCAGACAUGUGUAGGGAAAUAUUUUGACAGUCUGGCUGACGACCUUGGCGCGUAUGUACACCAUGCAAAAAGAAAGACUGUGGAAAGGGAAGACCUUGAGUUCCUAAUGAAAAGACAAGGAUUUGUGACCCAGAAGACACCUCUAAAUGUGUUAAUUGAACGACACCUUACCUUGGAGUACAGAAAACUGCUGAUCCCUGUAGCCUCCAGUGGUAAUAAUAUUACUCCAAAUAUUUAAGCAAAACCCUUCAUUUUCAUAUUUGGUAGACAGUAUAAUGUUGUACAGUGUUUAUAAUGUUGUUGUAUAAUUUAAUUGUUAUUUUGCUAUUGUAUUAUUUGUUUCACUUCACACAGUGUUAAAUUAUUUCUUGAGCUUACAAAUUUAAAGUUGUGUGCAGAUAUGAAUAUAACUAUUAAUAAACCAAAUGUUCACUCAAA